GUACAUGUAUGUCCUGCUGUGUGAGUCAUGUAUUAAACUGUGCCACUAGUUUAGUUUAACUACACUAUAGGUAUUCUCAUUACCACACAAUCCUUGUACAUGUAUGUCCUGCUGUGUGAGUCAUGUAUUAAACUGUGCCACUAGUUUAGUUUAACUACACUAUAGGUAUUCUCAUUACCACACAAUCCUUGUACAUGUAUGUCCUGCUGUGUGAGACAUGUAUUAAACUGUGCCACUAGUUUAGUUUAACUACACUAUAGGUAUUCUCAUUACCACACAAUCAUUGUACAUGUAUGUCCUGCUGUGUGAGUCAUGUAUUAAACUGUGCCACUAGUUUAGUUUAACUACACUAUAGGUAUUCUCAUUAACACACAAUCCUUGUACGUGUAUGUCCUGCUGUGUGAGACAUGUAUUAAACUGUGCCACUAGUUUAGUUUAACUACACUAUAGGUAUUCUCAUUACCACACAAUCAUUGUACAUGUAUGUCCUGCUGUGUGAGACAUGUACUAAACUGUGCCACUAGUUUAGUUUAACUGCACUAUAGGUAUUCUCAUUAACACACAAUCCUUGUACGUGUAUGUCCUGCUGUGUGAGACAUGUAUUAAACUGUGCCACUAGUUUAGUUUAACUGCACUAUAGGUAUUCUCAUUAACACACAAUCCUUGUACAUGAAUGUACUGCUGUGUGAGACAUGUAUUAAACUGUGCCACUAGUUUAGUUUAACUACACUAGAGGUAUUCUCACUAGCACACAAUCCUUGUACAUAUAUGUCCUGCUGUGUGAUACAUGUAUUAAACUGUGCCACUAGUUUAGUUUAACUACACUAUAGGUAUUCUCACUAGCACACAAUCCUUGUACAUAUAUGUCCUGCUGUGUGAGACAUGUAUUAAACUGUGAAUCAGACACUGUGAUACACAUGAAUGUACUGCUGUGUGAGUCAUGUAUUAAACUGUGAAUCAGACACUGUGAUACACAUGAAUGUACUGCUGUGUGAGUCAUGUAUUAAACUGUGAAUCAGACACUGUGAUACACAUGUAUGUCCUGCUGUGUGAGUCAUGUAUUAAACUGUGCCACUAGUUUAGUUUAACUGCACUAUAGGUAUUCUCAUUAACACACAAUCCUUGUAAAUGUAUGUACUGCUGUGUGAAUCAUGUAUUAGACUGUGCCACUAGUUUAGUUUAACUACACUAUAGGUAUUCUCAUUACCACACAAUCCUUGUACAUGUAUGUACUGCUGUGUGAAUCAUGUAUUAAACUGUGCCACUAGUUUAGUUUAACUACACUAUAGGUAUUCUCAUUACCACACAAUCCUUGUACAUGUAUGUACUGCUGUGUGAAUCAUGUAUUAAACUGUGCCACUAGUUUAGUUUAACUACACUAAAGAUAUUCUCAUUACCACACAAUCCUUGUACAUGUAUGUCCUGCUGUGUGAGUCAUGUAUUAGACUGUGCCACUAGUUUAGUUUAACUACACUAUAGGUAUUCUCAUUACCACACAAUCCUUGUACAUGUAUGCACUGCUGUGUGAAUCCUGUAUUAAACUGUGCCACUAGUUUAGUUUAACUGCACUAUAGGUAUUCUCAUUACCACACAAUCCUUGUACAUAUAUGUCCUGCUGUGUGAGACAUGUAUUAAACUGUGCCACUAGUUUAGUUUAACUGCACUAUAGGUAUUCUCACAAUCAUUGUACGUGUAUGCUCGGAAUUCUUGGGCAAUCAUAUUGCAAGUAGACUACACACUUUGAAGUGAACAUUUAUUGUCAUUACUAUUCGGGCUCGCAGACUUGACUUUCUCCUGAUACAGGACGGUGAUAUAUUAUUUCUUAAUUUUUUUGAAUAUAAUGUCCAGUUGUAUCUGCAAUUCACAACAUCAGUUGCCUCUAUAUUAUAUAUUGUCACCAUGGCAACGGGAUAAUACUUCUGUCUGUCGCAUGUAGCAGGUGAUUGCGACCGUGUGGUGCAACCUUGCCAGUAAUCAAUGGAUGUGUCUUGGUCACCUGGUUUCGCAUUUCUUGCCGUUGUGCAAUGACAACAUGAUUCUCUGUUGUCGUGGAUUGUUUCAGAACUUGUGUCAGAUUGUACAUAUCAAGACAGUGUCUCCAUGCGUCGAGGAUGCCCGGGUGUGUCAUGGUGAUGUGUGGCCUGCCUGCCAGUGGGAAGACAACUCUGGUGUCUCAGUUUGCAACCUCCGUGUCAGAAGAGUUCCGCUGUCAUGUGGUGGACUAUGACAAACUCAUGCCGCCACACACAGAGAAACAGCUGAUAGACCACAGCGCUCAGGUUCAAGAUGUUUCCCUGUGGAAGAAGUACCGAGAAGGAAUUAUUUGUUGUGUGGACAGACUGUUGGACACAAUGAAGGCUCCCCACCCCGAUAGUGAACAGGACAAGCAGGCAGACACACAUCACAGAGACACACACCACACAGGCACAGACACAUAUCACACAGGCACAGACACAUAUCACACAGGCACAGAAACACAUCAAGCAGAUGCACAUCACACAGGCACAGACACAUAUCACACAGGCACAGACACACAUCACACAGACACACAACAUGUCGUAAUUCCUCAGUCACAUGUUGAGGCAUCAACACUGUUAGAUGAUUCAACAGAGCCAACAAGCCAGGAUUCCAAUCGGCCAGGAGCAAGUGGGACAUUGUGGCGCCAGUUUAUAACCAGUCUUGGACUAGAACUAGACACCAAAAGUGGUCUCUACACUGGAAUGGUGGUUGUUAUUGAUGACAAUAUGUACUACAGAAGUAUGAGAUAUGACUAUUAUCAACUGGCCAGAAAAUACGGUCUUGGAUUCUGUGAAGUGCAUGUUGAUUGUCCAUCUGACAUGGCUGUGGCCAGGAACAAGCAGAGAACCCUGGGAAGGGUGGAGGACAAUGUCAUUGUAACCAUGGCAACAAAAAUGGAAGUUCCUGAUAGUGCAGCCUUCCACUGGGAAAAGUAUUCUUUAUCGAUCACACACGACACAAGGAAUGGUUGUUGUAGGAUGCGGAGUCUGAUGAAGGCAGCCAUGUUGGAUCCUGUCCAGGCUGUUGUGGAGGAUGUGGCAGGAAAGGAGGAGAGUCGCCGCCGUUGCUCGGAAAACGUCAUACACCAAACUGAUCAAAUACUCCGCAAACUGCUGGCAAUUCGUAUGAAGUCAGCUAAAGAGGCGCAGUUGUCAAAAGCAAAUUUAAGAAGUUUGUCUACAAAACUAAUAGAAGUGAAGUCCGCCUUAUUGGCUGAGAUGAGGUCAGGGCAUAUUACUGUUGCCGUGGAAUCCCAGGAUGCAUCAAAGGAUGAAGAAAGUGAACUCUUUCAGUUUGUGAAAAAACUAUUUGAGUCAAGACUAGCCCCAACAAGUUGACAGGGGAUGAUGUAAUAUUUUGUAUUGUUUCAAGCACUACUGUGAUAAACAUAUAACAAUAGAGUCAUUCCUUUAUUUAGAUUAAAUGUGGAGGUGUGGGAGUCCCACAUUUUCAGAUUGUAAAA